ACAGCUGGCCACACAGCUGGCCCAGUGAGGCCUCGGGACUGGGAUAGGGGGCUACCCUGGGUGUUCCCUCCUAUCCGGGAAGGCUCCAGACACUCCCCCGGGGUAGCGUGGUGAGAGGAGGAGCGGGAACGGUGACGAGGGCCAAGGGAGGAGGCAAGGAGAACGAAAGAGGGCGGGCAGAUAGACAGACUGGCAGAUAGACUGCCAGCCUGGGGCCUGGGGAGCGUUAUUUGAACCCGAAAGAUACUCCGGCUCCCGCUCCCGCCCUCCGCCCUCCACUCUCCACCUCUCCGCCCUCCGCGCCUCAAGGCACAGCUGGAGGAUGCUGCACUACAGCUCCGCGGUCACCCUGCUCUCGGGCAAUGGGGCCGCUUCCUCUGGGAGUCCGGGCAAGAGGGCCAAUGUUUGCCGAUUACGAUUAACCGUGCCCCCCGACUGCCCCGUGCCAGAGCAAAAUGAAAAGAAAGUGGAAAGAAAAGAGCAAUACUCUGAUUUCGUCAAUGGAGAAUCUGCCAAGAAGCUCCCCCAAGGUGUGGUUUAUGGUGUGGUUCGUAGAUCUGACCAAAACCAACAGAAAGAAAUGGUGGUAUAUGGCUGGUCCACUAAUCAGCUGAAAGAAGAAAUGAACUACAUCAAGGAUGUGAGAGCAACAUUGGAAAAAGUCAGAAAGCAAAUCUAUGGGAACUAUGAUGAAAUGAGGCAGAAAAUACAACUCCUUACCAAAGAACUGAGAGUUUCAAACGCUCAGCAGGACUAUCUACAGAAUCACAUAGAAACACAGUCUUCAGCCUUGGAUAGUUUUAAUGACAUGAAUUCCUCUUUGGCUUCAGACUCCAUUGGCUUACAGAAAACAUUGGUGGAUGUUACCUUGGAAAAUAGCACCAUUAAGGAUCAGAUCAGAAAUUUACAGCAGACAUAUGAAGCAUCAAUGGAAAAACUGAGAGAAAAGCAGAGACAGUUAGAAGUGGCUCAGGUUGAAAAUCAGCUUUUGAAACUAAAGGUAGAAUCUUCCCAUGAAGCCAAUGCUGAUGUCAUGAGAGAGUUGACCAAGAAGCUAUAUAGUCAAUAUGAAGAAAAACUACAGCAAGAACACCAAAAACAUAACGCAGAGAAAGAGGCUCUCCUGGAAGAGACCAAUAAUUUUCUGAAAGCCAUCGAGGAGGCCAAUAUCAAGAUGAAAGCAGCAGAAACCAGCCUUGAGGAGCGAGACCAAAGGAUUGGAGAGCUGGACAGACUUAUUGAACGUAUGGAAAAGGAGCGCCAGCAACUUCAGCUACAGCUGCUUCAACAUGAGACGGAGAUGUCAGGAGAAGCUGUCAGCCCAGAUUCUGACAAGGAAAGGUAUCAGCAGCUGGAAGAGGCAGCAGCUAGCCUGAGAGAGCGCAUUAAACACCUGGAUGAUAUGGUCCAUUGCCAGCAGAAGAAAGUCAAGCAGAUGGUUGAGGAGAUCAUGUCACACGAGCUCUUCUCCAGAUUUAGUCUUCGUUUCUUUGGAAGAUGAUAAAUGGUGACCUGAUCUAAGAAGCUAUUCUAAUUACCCUGUGGUGUACCAUAUGAUGUUGGAAGAACAUUCGUGCUUUCUCUGCCUGCAGAGGGAUUUUUGCCCAUUAGCAUUCAAGAACCAAAAUAUUAAGGAAGUGCCAUGAAGAAGAAACAUCUUAAGACUUUUGGCUUGGGAAAACUUCCAUGUAGUUAAAUACUACGAAGAAAGAAAAUGACCUCUUUUGUGCUGCAAACAGAGAUGCGAAAGAAUCUUAAAAGACUGCUCUUUUUGGAAUAUUUCAGAAACUGCAGGCAGGAUUUGAGUUUAAAAAAGAAAGUUCUGUUGUCAAAUCUCAAAAUGUGAUUAAAAAUAGUAUUAAGCAAAUGAUGCUUAGAGGCUUGGUUCCAGAUAAUCUAUACUUGAAAAAAAAAACCUUAUGUACAGAAAAAAUUUUGAAAAUUUUGAAAAAAAAGUUACAAAUAUUUUAUCAAAGACAUCACUGAUAAAAUGUGGAAAACUGUGUGAAGAAAGUAAAAGGAUCAUCUGUGUGUCUGAUAUUCAAAUGGAUCUGAGCAAAGGAAGUUAUCUAUACAAAAUCAUCCUCAAUCUUCAAGAAAAAAUUAUGCAAAAAAGCUUAUGUUGUUUUUCAUAGCCAAAUAAUGUACCUUUAUGUAGUAAGUGUAUAUGAGAGACUAUUCUGUCUGAAUAGACACAAGCAUUUGUGAAUUUAACUCUGAAUCUUUUUUUUUUAAAGAAAAAAAUUGGUUUGAGCCUGAGUUGGAUCAUUUUCCUCUCUGGACUUUAGGUUACUCAUCUAUAAAAUGGGUGUCAAGACUAAAUGGUCUCUAAGGUUCUUCCUAGCUCUGACAUUCUGUCACUAAUUUGCUUCUGAUGCUAAGAACAUUCUACCAACCCGAGGCAGUGACACAGUGGAAAGAAUGUUAGCUUUAGAGAACAAAGACCUGAGUUAGAAUUCUGGCUCCAUCAUGUCAUUAGCUCACUACAUGUGCUUGGGCAAAUUACCUAACUCCUCUGGGCCUCAGUUUCCUCAUCUAUAAAAUGAAGGCUUUGGACUAGUUGCUAUUCAAAAUUCCUUUCAAUUCUAGUUUGUGAUCCUAUCAUCUCUAAGAUAAAAAAAAUGUAGUACUUAUGUUAAGACACAUACAUGAAAUACAUUGAAGUAAACUAGACUUCAUCUCUGCUUUGGAUUUUACAGUAUUUCUAAGAGGCAGCAGGGCUUGGGUUCAAGUUCCAGUCUAUAGUAUACUUAUUACCUGGCUUUGGGUUAGUCCUCUAAAUUCUUUCAAUAUUCAUUUCCUCAUCUCUAAAAUGGAGAUUGGGCAGCUAAGUGGCUUAGUGGAUAAUGCACUGGGACCAGAGUGAGGAAGACCUGGGUUCAAAUCUGACUUUAGAUACUUACUAGCUGUGUGACCUUGAGCAAGUCAUUUAACUCUGUCUUAGUUUCUCAUCUGUAAAGUGUGCUGGGGAAGGAAAUGGAAAACCACUCCAGUAUCUUUACCAAGAAAACACCAAAUGUCGGGCCAUGAAGAGUCAGGCAUGAUUGAAAUGAAUGGAUAACAAUAAUAAGAACAGCCAAUAAUAGAAAACACAAGCAAAAUGGAAAUAAUAAUAUUUAUACCAUCUUUCCAAGAAAUUGUGAAAAUUAAAUGAGAUAUUAUAUGUAACAUGCAGUGUACUCCCCCAGUCUUGAAUUAAUAUAAGCUAAUAUUUUUAGGAAGCCAUGGUGGAGUAGUAAAAAGAGCACUAAAACUAAUAUCAAUACCUAGCAUUUAGAUGGGCUUUAAGGUUUGCAAAGUGCACCACAUGUAUUAUGUCAUUUUAUCCUCACAACAACACUGGGAGAAAUUCUAAACUACGUUUACAGAUGAGGAAACCAAAGCAUACACAGGUUAAGUUAUUUGUCCAGGGUCACAGAACUAUAUAGGCAUCCUAAGGAGGACUGGAACUCAGGUCUUUCUGACUCCAGGUCCAGGGUUUUAUUCAUACACCAACUAGAUGCUUAGAAUAAGAGUUCUUGUUAACUGUGACUUUGGACACAUAAUUUAAUUAACCUCUCUAAACCUCACAGGUCUGAGAAAACACCAGAACAACCCAUACAAAAGUGAGGGAGAGGUUCAGAAGGCGAAGGAGUGAAUGAUUUUCAUGUUUAGAAUAACAGAUACAUCAUGGAAUGUUUGAGUGGUGGGAGAGAUCUUACAGAUGCUCCAUGUAUGUAGGCAAGAAAACUUGAGUCCCAGAGAAAUGAAGGAACUUGCUAUGGUCUCUUAGGUGUUAUUGCAAAUAAACUAUUACAUUAUGCUCAAAUGUAACCUCCCUGAGGGCAGCACCUAUCACACUUUUGUCUUUGUACCCCCUUUAAUUUGUACAGUACGUGGCACACAGUAGGUGCUUAAUAAAUAUUUGUUGAUAGAUUAGUUGAUGUAACUAAUCUUUAUGUCAUAUAAGAGUGCCAAGACAUUGUAGACAGCAAAUUUGUUAUAAAAUAGUUAAAUAGUUAUAGAUUUAAGAAUGUGAGAAGUUUGUGUCAAAGGUGUUGACUCUACUAUAGUGUUAUUUCCUACAGUUUCCCUGCUAUCUUUUCUGCCUUAAUUUUAACUCAGUGUCUUUCAGGGAGAAGUUUAUCAUUUCUCUUCCUAGAAAACAUUACUAAAGUGUCAUAGAAACAAAUAAGUGCCAUGAAUCUCUUGGAGAAUGUACUUGAACCCAUUGACUCUGAAAAAAUAAGAGGAACUCUGUUUAAAUUGUGCCUCUGAGGCUUGCUACUUGUGUACCCUUAGGCAAAGCAUCUUAGCCCUUCUCAGACUUAGUUCCCUCAUUUGACUGAAAGGGGAUUGGACUAGGCUACCCCUGAGGUUGUAUGCAAACAUCCCAGACUGGAUUUAAACUUAGAUCUUUCUGUCUCCUAGCCCAGCACUAUCCUCCGCACCAUCUACCUUCCUGGCAGGCUUUAAUUCCCUGAUAUGAAGGGCAUCUGUGAUUCUAUCAACUCCCACCACUUUAAAGAUAUUUCUAUUUAUCUCUGACCUUAUUACAGUCCAGGGUAGGGUUUUUCUAAGGGCCCUAUAACCUUUUGGGGGGUUGUUCAACUCUUUUGAGACACGGCACAACUAGCAACAACUGCAGAGAAUGGAAUUCAACCUUUCUAAUCCUGCUUUAGGGCAGCUGGAUGGUAUAGUGGAUCGAGUGAUCUUCCCAAGUUCAAAUCUAGCCUUAGACCCUUACUAACGGUGUGAUCCUGGCCAAGUUACUUAACCCUAUUUGUCUCAGUUUCUUUAUUGGGAAAAUAAACUGGAGAAGGAAGUGAGACACUACUCUAGUAUUUUGCCAAGAAAACCCCAAAUGGGGUCAUAAAGAGCUAGAUAUGACUGAAUGAUAAAUGCUGCAUUGGGUGAUUUUCUGACUUUCUGGAUGCUGAAACCUACCUCCUUCUGACUGAAGGGACUUUCCUUGGCUUGACCCAUUAUCUGCUUGAGACUGAUAACAUCCCUCCUGCUUAGCAGAAUUUCUGAGCCUGUGUCAUUGCUAACCACAUAUUAGUGUGAGGUCAGCACUAGAAAGUAUUUCUAUAUGAUGAACUUUGAGUAAAUAGAAGUGUUCAAAUUCCAAAUGCCAGAAUUGGAUAUGGCCUUAUUCCUAGUUUUAUUUUUAAAUAGUAACAUAGUUUACUUAAAAUAAGGAGUUUACAGACAUGCCAGAAAUGUUAUAUGUAUAUAAGUAUAUUUGUGUGUGUGAGUGUGUGUGUUUAGCAUAGAAAGCAGUAGAGGCAGUUGGUGGAACAUUGGACAAAACUCUGGCUUCGGAGUUAGGGAGACUUAAAUUCAAGUCCAUCCUCAGACACUUAGACACUAGCUGUGUGAUCCUGGGCAAGUCAUCUGAUGUCUGUUUGCCUCAGUUUUCUCAAUUGUAAAAUGGGGAUAAUAAUAGCACCUACCUCACAGGGUUGUUGUGAGGACCAAAUGAGAUAUUUGUAAAGCACUUAGCACAAUACCUGGUAUUAUUCCCUUCUCCUUUCCCUUCCCUACUGCAAGUUCAUUGUAUAAAGUUUAUGUAAUAUAGAUGUUGUUUAUAUUAUUCUCUUAAAGCUGAAUGUGUUUUCUUUUAAAUUGUUAUUAAAUAAAAUGUUGUUCUACACAUUAAUUGCUCUUUGGGCUUCAAAUAUGUCUUAGAAGGAUUAGAUAUUCAAACUCUACCUAUGAAAGGGACUUAAGGAUUAAAUUGUCUAUAUCGCUUACGCCUUGGGAGGCUUCUUGUACGAGAUGAAUGUUGUUAAGACC